AUGAAAGAUUCAACCAGGAAUAAGAAGUUUCGAGACUCGUCACUGGAGGAGGAUGAUAACUUCACCGUAAACAAAAAAAGAAUGGUACCACAAGUCGUUGACUCUUCAUCAUCAUCUUCAAUCAUCAACGAUCUUUCUUCUCAAUUAAGUGUUAUCGAUCUCACAGGGGACAAUGACGAUUCAAAUAAUCAUUCCGCGGCAAAUGAAGCAUAUAAUCAAGUUGAUCUCACCAGUAUGGAACCCCCAGUUCUACUUCCACAACAAUUUACCUCCCUGACAGAUGAUGUCAAUUUCCAUGAAUUACAACAACCUUUGAAAGGAUCAUCAAGUCAAACACAAGAUACUAGAAUAACUUCUUUUCCACCAGCACAACCACAAUCAUUAGCUGAACAAAAUUCAAACAGUCCAUUUCUUCCAUCAAGCUCAACAUCAUCAAUACCAAAUACUCCACCAUCAAAACAACGAGCAUUGUCUCAAAAGAGAUCAAUCUCUUCAUUUUUUUCAAAAACAACAGCCAAAAGACAUCAUCCAUCAUCUGCUACUGCUCCAUUAUCUGCUACUCCAUUAUCUGCUACUCCAUUAUCUGCUACUCCAUUAUCUGCUACUCCAUUAUCUGCUACUCCAUUAUCCGCUACUCCAUUAUCCGCUACUCCAUUAUCUGCUACUCCAUUAUCUUCUGCUGUUGCUCCAUUAUCUGUUGCUUCAUCAGUUGCUGCUCCAGGAUCAUCAAGUCAAACACAAGAUUCUAGAAUAACUUCUUUUCCACCAGCACAACCACCAUCAUUAGUUGAACAAAAUUCGAACAGACCACAUCUUCCAUCAAGCUCAACAUCAUCAAUACCAAAUACUCCACCGCCAAAACAACGAGCAUUGUCUCAAAAGAGAUCAAUCUCUUCAUUUUUUUCAAAAACAACAGCCAAAAGACAUCAUCCAUCAUCUGCUGUUGCUCCAUUAUCUGCUACUCCAUUAUCUGCUACUCCAUUAUCUGCUACUCCAUUAUCUGCUACUCCAUUAUCUGCUACUCCAUUAUCUGCUACUCCAUUAUCCGCUACUCCAUUAUCUGCUGCUGUUGCUCCAUUAUCUGCUGCUGUUGCUCCAUUAUCUGUUGCUUCAUCAGUUGCUGCUCCAGGAUCAUCAAGUCAAACACAAGAUACUAGAAUAACUUCUUUUCCACCAGCACAACCACAAUCAUUAGCUGAACAAAAUUCAAACAGUCCAUUUCUUCCAUCAAGCUCAACAUCAUCAAUACCAAAUACUCCACCAUCAAAACAACGAGCAUUGUCUCAAAAGAGAUCAAUCUCUUCAUUUUUUUCAAAAACAACAGCCAAAAGACAUCAUCCAUCAUCUGCUACUGCUCCAUCAUCUACUGUUGUUCCAUUAUCUGCUGCUGUUGCUUCAUCAUCUGCUGUUGCUUCAUUAUCUGCUGCUCCAUUAUCUGCUACUCCAUUAUCUGCUACUCCAUUAUCUGCUACUCCAUUAUCUGCUGCUGUUGCUUCAGUAUCUGCUGUUGCUCCAUCAUCUGCUGCUGUUGCUUCAUCAUCUGCUGUUGCUUCAUCAUCUGUUGCUGCUUCAUCAUCUGCUGCUUCAUCAUCAUCUGUUGCUCCAUCAUCUGUUGCUCCAUCAUCUGUUGCUCCAUCAUCUGUUGCUCCAUCAUCUGUUGCUCCACUCCGGUCCUCAACCACUUCAAGUUCAAAUUCAAAAAAAAAACCACUUCAACCAACACAACUUAAAGCAAAACAAAGUCCAAUUACAUCAUUUUUUCAAUCAGCUUCUAGAUUAAACGCACCUUCCUCAUCUUCACAACCUCGUGCACCUUCAGCUACUACCAUCUUUCCAACUAAUUUACAAACAAUUCAAGCACCUUCGCUUCCAUCUUCUAGAUCCCCAACAACAACCAUCCAACAAUCCUUUACUUCAUUAUUUCAGCUGAAUUUGAACUUAUCAUCACCAAAUCAUCAAAAACUUAACUUUUUUUCUAGAAACAAAGGUGACAAGUUGCAGUUGAUAAAAAACAUUUUUAGCAAAAAAUUUGAAGAUAAUGCUGAUGAAUUAGAUACUAACCAAUUAUUGGAAGAAAAUGACCUAAUAUACAAACAAGCUAGAGCUAGAACAAGGUAUACGGCAAAGAAAGAUGAUGAGGUUGAAUUAGAUUUCAAGAACUUGGGACAUCAUGAAUUGUCUCAUGAUAUAUUUAAACAAAUUUCAUCAUUUGAUCCAACUGUUUAUUAUGAUUAUAAUUUAUUUGCUAAUGAAAGAAUAGAUAAAGUAGAUUAUGAUGAUGAAUUUAAGGAUUAUAAAAAUCUUCCAGUAGAUGAUUGGAUCUUUAAAGAUGAGAAAUUGAAUUUUGGAAGUGGGGUGCAAAAAGAAUAUAAUCCUAUUGAUGAUGAAAAUGCAAACGGGGUUGACAGCAAAACAGAUAUUUUAACUGAGCAUGGAUACGAAGUGGUAAGUGAAGUUGAUUUUAAAACAACUAGAAUUGGUUGUCAUAAUAAAGAUACAAAUCAAAUAGAGUAUCAUUUUUUAGAAAAAGUUCUGGUUUCAACUUUGUGUCCACAUUCUUUGAGAAAUUAUAAAAAUUUAGUUGUUUCAAAAAAUCAAAAAUUCUUAGUUCAACCAAAUACCGAAAAGCCUUAUGACUUUGUAAAUGGAUUCAAAGUUGAAGUACCACCAACAGAAGAAAGGGAAAUUGCUUAUGAAAGAGUUGGAAUUAAAAGAAGUUAUAAUGAAAAAGAAGAUGUUUAUAAGCUUGAUAGAUACCAAUUAAAAAGUAUGUCAAACAACGGCUGGGUUAUUGACAAAGAUUACAGAAGCAAUGUUCAAACUAUUAGAGAAUAUUUAGGACUAAUUCUGUAUGUCCAAUUUUUAAGUUUUAUGGAAUAUUUCGGCUUCUUUUGUGGAGAUGGUACUUUACACUUCACAAGUACUGGUAAUUGUGCAGCAGUUCAGAUAAGUCAACAUAAAAAACGUGAUAUCAUAUAUAUUGAAAGAUUGUUAAAAAUUCUAAAUAUGAGGGUUGGUAUAGAUUUUAGAGGUUAUUAUAGAAGAGUUGUUUUACCGAAAGAAGACUAUGUGGUACCAACCAAUCUUGGUGAAGUAGUUUCUGAUAGAGGUAAUAAUGCAGUUGCAGCUGAUGAUAUUGUUCAAUAUGAUUCAUUAAAUGUUUAUGAAGAUGCCAUUUCUAGAAGACAUGCAGAAGACAUCCGUCAAGCAAUACUUGGAGAUGAAGAUGAAACUGUUGUAAACUUAUUAGAUGAUGAGUCACUGGAAAGAAACAACGUGGAUAGUUUAAUGAAUGAAACUGAUGAAGAUGAUGUUGUUGAGGUCAAACAAGAAAAAGAAGAUGUUGAGGUCAAGCAAGAAAAAGAAGAUGUUGAGGUCAAGCAAGAAAAAGAAGAUGUUGAGGUCAAGCAAGAAAAAGAAGAUGUUGAGGUCAAGCAAGAAAAAGAAGAUGUUGUUGAAAUAUUUACAAUUGCAAUAACAAAUCACAAAUGGAGAAUAUUAUUUACAAAAUUUUUUGGGUCGAAGUACAAACAUUGUACACUAAACCCAGACAACUCAAUUGUUCAUAUUGCUUCAGUGAAACCUACAGAUCAAUUAACAUGGUUCAAUUCUUUAAGCCAAACGGAAUUAAAUUGUUUCCUAAGAGGAUUGAAUAUGGCCGAUGGCCGCAAUGACAGUUACAAUAGGGUUGCCACAUCAGGAGAAGAAUUUAGAAAAUGGCUACAAAGAGUAAUCACCAAUGCUGGUCAUUCAACUAGGACUUAUAUGAAGGAUCCCAAAGAAGAAUACACAACAUAUAAGAAAGUUCAAGUAAGAAAAGGGAAAAGACCUAUUUCUAAAGAAGCUUAUAAUGCAUUGAUUGAUAAAAGUCCAUACAUAAGAUAUGUUCCUGGAUCAAAAAGAAUUUGGGAUGUUGCCUAUACAGAUUGCACAAGAGAAAGGUCGAUUUUGAGUCUUAAACCUUAUUACAUAAGGGAUACACAAAUUUAUACUGCUCCAAAUAUUUUGUACUCCUUUAAAAGUCCAACAGGUUUUGUAAUAUUUAGAAAAUCAAAUGAAGAUGGCACAGCUGGUAUUAAUACUAUUCUUGCUGAUAGUUUGUAA